CAGUAUACUUCAUUUGUCAUGUCGCGUGGUGCGCGUCGUUUCUUAUUUGUGAUUGAAAACAAAAAGUUUUAAAACUUCAAAACAAAAUAUUUGAAAGACAGUUUGUUAAAAUACGAAAUUAAUGAAAACAAUAAAAAUUAUUUAAACUGUAAAUGUUAACAAUCUUUACAGUGAGUCGAUAAGUAACAUAAAAAAGCAUAAUAAUGGAAGGACCAGGUAUGAGUUUAUUCCAAGGUGCUGCAAGCAUUCACAUAAAUAACAGUGCUCAAGAUAGAUUGGAAGAACAAGAAGAAAUUGAAGAUCAAAAAAGACGUAAUGAAGAGCUAAAACACGAACUGGCGAAUGCUUUUGACGAUCUCCUCGACUACGACGAAGCUAGUUCAGUGAAUAGUAGCGGGAAUUGUACAAUGGAUCACCCUCAAGCCAAUGGCAAACAACAUGCAAAGACUGGAAUGUUACCAACCUAUACUGAAUCCAUAAAUCAUCUUAAAGAAGUCCUGCCUGUAUCCGACUCUCCUAAAGUCUACUGUGAGACUCCUAAGAGUCAUCUCAUCCAGCAUUUGAGACAUCAAGAAGACCCUAUCAAACUUCAAUACAGUCCAUAUGGAGCUGGCGAUGCACAAAACCAUUAUUUUCCACAAGAAAGUAGAGAACAGCAUCACCAUCUUAAUGGUAUGAACAAUUAUAUGGCAGGACAGGGAUUUAAUAUUGACUUUGAGCAACUGAAGGUCAUGUAUGAAGGCAGAGUGAAAGAAAUGAAAAAUUUGGAUAAUGAGAUUGACAGUCUUCGAGCAAGACUAGAAGCUGCAAUUCAUGAUAAGGAUAAGGCUGAGUUCUCACUGCAAGAGUCCCAUGCUUUACUAGCAUCAUGUAAACAUAAAACAAUUGAGAUGGAGCAACAAGUGAGUUCAUUGACACAAAAGUUGAUAGAAAGUGACCAAGAGAAAGAACAACUACGUCUUGAGUUGCGGUCCGCUAACAUAAGCCUCCAAGAGGUACAACAACGACUGCAUACAAUGCAGGUGGCGCAUUCACACGACACUGACGCGUUGUUUAGAGAACAGCAAGAUCGGCACAGAGAAGAGAUGGACAGACUUCAAAACGAAUUAAUUAAAACUAAAAAUAGUUUGGACGACAAGGAAAGAGAAAUAAAGCGUCUCGAGAAGAGAUGCAUGGAACGGGAUAGAGAGAAAGAAAACUUACUAAUAGAGAAGGGAGCUACUAUAAACCGUCUGGCGAAGGAAUUGGAAGCCGCUCAGAGCAGACUUGUGAAUGGGGAAGCGGUAAGACUUAAAGAGAGAAUUAAUCAGUUGACCAGUGAGAGGAAUGCUUCAAGGGAACAGGUUAAGGAACUUGGGUCAAAACUGGAAGUGACCGCGCAUGAAUUGGUUCUAUGUCGUAGUAAAAUGACUACCGUACAAAAGGAGAACGAGAGUUGGAAAUCAACAUUGAAUCAAAUUCUACAUGAUGUUCUGCCGGAAAAUAAUUACAAUACUGGCGAACCUCCAUCUCCUGGAAAACUGGCAACUUUGAAAGAUGCAUUAAGUCGGUACAGACAACAAAUACAAAAAGUUGGACAGUUGCAAGAGGAGGUCAACAAAAGAGAGAAAAGAUUAGAGCAGCAUCGUAAACAAGAGUCCGAGUUGCGUUCAAAGCUCGAAGAACAAAAAGGUAUAGAGAUGCAGCUCAAUUCGCGCUUGGCCGUGCUGCAGAACAAAAUAGAGUUACUCGGCACCCACUCCGAUACUGAGCUGGCGGAGACAUACAGAAAACAGAACGAACAGUUAAGAAGGGAGGCUGAUGAUGUCAGGAUUGAAAUGAAAAAUUUGGAAUUAAAAUAUACCGAGCUAGAGAUGGAUUAUGAAAAAUUUAAAAACGAGAAAGGCAGCCGAGCAUCAUUGGUACAAGAGGCGAAUGCCGAUUUGUUGAGAGAAUUAGAAAAAUAUAGUGCUCAACUGAAAGACACGCUAAAGGAGAACGGGGAACUAAAGACUUUGUACUUACAGGUAUGCAGUGGCCGUGAUGCCGUAACGCGGGAAUUAAAGGAAAUGCGUUCGAAUAUACAAAGAGAAAGAGAUGAUUUUAAAUCACAAGAGAAAGAUUAUAUAGAAAGAAUAGAAAAGGAGAAAAGACAAGUGGAAAAAUUAAAUAGUGAUUUGGGUAAUGCGCGAGAGGAGAUAGAUAGAGCCAAUAAGAGAAUAUCGGAGUUGCAAAAAGAAUUCACAGACAAGCAAAAAGAGUUUACGGAUAAGUUGAAUAAAUAUUUAGAAGACGAAAAAUGUGCGAUGCGUAAGGAAAUGGAGCGGUGCAUUCAGUGUGAAACGCAGUUAAAACACAUUAAAUACUUGGAGGAGCAACUCAACAAAUGCAAUGUCAAAUUGGCGGCACAAGAGAGCAAUGAAGCGCUCAUGAAAGAGUUGAAAGGAAAAGCAGAAUUCUUCCAAAAUUAUAUCAUGGAAAGGUUUAAAAAGAUUCAAGAUCAAAGGACAGUCGCGACUAAUACGGAGAGUGGGGAUUAUCCUAAAAGUGACUCUAGUAUUGAACAUAUGGUGCAAGAAUGUGAUGAUGCAAUUGCCGCUAAGACAACUCUUAUGAUGAAAGAAAAGGCGAUACGAGAUCAAAUAGCCGAAAAGUUUACAUUGGAAAUAAAAACCAUAGAAAUGAACUGCGCGCGGCGACUUAAUGAAAUGGAAAAGGAACAACUCACAGCGGUCACCAAGUUGAAGGAUUUACUCGAAAGAAAAGCUAAAGAGGUAGAUACAUUAAAAGAGUUCAUAUUAUCUGAACGUGCGAAAGUCACGCAAAUAUUAGAAGCGAAAGAAAACGAAAUAUCAAUGUUGAUAAAGGAACACAACGAAUUGCAAGCAGAUUUGCAAAAGGUUAAAGAUGACGCUGUCGAUUGGAAACACAAAGCUGAGAGAUAUAAGGAAAGAUUAUCGAGAUUCGGCUCGAUGGAAGAUGUUUUGAACAGAGAAAGAGAGGAUUUAAAACAGAGAUCUAGUUCUUGUGCCAAGGAAUGUCAAGGUUUGAAGGCGAAGUUGUUGGAACUGCAGACGCAGUUCACACAGCUAGAGCAUAAGCACAACAAACUACAAAGCGAUCAUCAAGUGAUACAGGAUAAAUAUAGGAAUGCUAAGAAAACAGUUUAUACUUAUAAGGACUACAUGGCGAAAAAGGAUACGCAUAUAAACAAUGAGAUGAACAGAAUACAAGACGAAUACCGAAAGAUAUUCGUGAAGCUGCAGAACCAAAUUAACCACCACGUGAAUUGUCGCGUGCAAGAGGAGAAACGAGGGAGCAAACCUCAGCCACAGUACGAUUGUACGGAGAAAAUCAACAAGCUCAAUGAGGAUUUCGCUCGUCUCGCUCAGUCCAACUACAAAGAUUUAAACCAGUGACAUUCAAUUUAUAUUGACAUUGCGAACGUUCGUUCGUAAUGCACUUCUUUUUCACAAUAUUCAAUAUUGUCAAAUAUCUUACUCGUGUACAUUUCUAAACUUGCUACUUUUAACUUGGACCAAUUGUUUGAUGUCGCAGUGUAAAAAAUUUAGAUAUCAUUUAAAAAACAUGUCAUAUAAUCAUAAAUAGGUUCAUAUUCAAAACAAGAAGGACGUUAAUUUGUUAAAUAACCUCUUAAUGUACUUAUGUGCAAAGUUGACAGAUAUGCAUGCGUAUUUAAGAAUUCCAUUUGAAACUUUUAUAGUAUGGGAAGAAUAUGUACAAAGGUAGUUUAUGUUUUACUUAUUAGUAUAUAUGAUCUCUGUUGAUUAAAAAAUCUAUAUAGUAAUUAAUUUGUUUGUGAUAACUGUAAUAAAUAUCACACAUUCAUUUUAUUUAUAUUCAUGAAUGUUCUCUUCCUUUAUGUAAGGCAUGAAAAGGUACUCUUGAUUUUAUUCCGGGUUUCAUUUUGAAAAAUAUAGUUUGCUAAAAAUGUUAAUUGUCUGUUGAAGUUUGGACUAUGGUGCAUAUGUUUUUUUACUAAUUGAAUUAUUAGAUGUCAUGUGGACGUCUUCAUUUAACCUUAUAUAAUUUCACGAAAAAUUUGCAAAAGCGCCUACAAAUGUGAACUAAUGACUGUUAUAAUAAGUAUCUUUUAUAUUAUUUAUAAUAAAUAUUACGUAGUUUUUAGUGGCAAAAUUUGUUAGUUUACACUUAUCGAACAAGUUAUAGUUAUAAUGUCUAUGUAAUGUUCCUGUGAUAAAAGAGUACACAGAAAUGUAUUUUUGUAGUAUUUAUUGAAAUGUUUCAACAUUCCCAGUUUAUUCCAAUUAUCAUUUCAGUUCCACAUGCUCAGUACAAAUAUUUAUUUAAUGUGUCGAAUUUAUUUGUUAUUGCUCAUUUGUUGUAUUGUAAUUAUUAUGUUAUACUUUAUAUUAUUUAAAUAAUUGUAUGCAAGUAUUUGUAUUCAGUAUUGCCUAUGCGUUACUUAAGUAAAAACGUCAAUUGGCAAUAAUUAAGGUUGUAAAUAAAACAUUUAUUUUAUGA